AUGACUUCCUCGUUCUCAGCCUGGUUUUGGAGCGAAAGAUUUUGGCUUCCCGAAAAUGUUUCCUGGGCGGACCUGGAGCAUCCACCACCUGGCGUGGAGUACCCUCGAGUGGGAGAUAUACUUUACGCCCUUCCGUUGGCUGUUGGUGUUUUUGUGUUAAGGAUCCUGUUCGAAAGGCUAGUGGCCAAGCCCUGUGCCCACAUACUUCAGAUUCAGGCAGGAGUGCAUCGACAAGCCCAGUCCAAUGCUGUCCUGGAGCGGGUGUAUCUGUCCAAAACGUGUCCAGAUGCAAAGCAACUGGAGGGACUUUCCAAACAAGUGGACUGGGAUGUACGAAAAAUACAGAGAUGGUUUCGUAUCCGUCGCAAUCAAGACAAGCCCAGCAUGCAGAAAAAGUUCUGUGAGAGCAUGUGGCGGUUCACAUUUUAUUUGGGGAUUUUUAUUUAUGGCGUUCGUCAUUUAUGGGCAUCGCCCUGGACGUGGAAUACCAGACUAUGUUGGGACAACUAUCCCUUUCAGCAUCAGAGUCCUCAACAAUUCAAUCACUAUGUGGCUGAGCUGGCUUUCUAUUGGUCUCUGAUGUUUUCCCAGUUUAUAGACAUAAAACGUAAGGAUUUCAUCAUCAUGCUUGUCCACCACCUGGCCACCAUUUUCCUCAUCACGUUCUCCUACGCCAACAAUAUGUUAAGAGCUGGCACUCUGGUCAUGUGUGUGCAUGAUGCAUCAGACAUCUUCCUUGAGGCAGCCAAGCUUGCCAACUAUGCCAAAUACCAGCGGCUGUGUGAUGGUCUGUUUGUUGUGUUUAGCAUCAGCUUUUUCAUCGCUCGACUUGUCAUCUUUCCUUUUUGGAUUAUUCACAGCGUUUUGAUAGAGAGCUGGGAGAUUUGUGGCCCGUACCAUGCCUGGUGGCUUUUGAAUGGCCUACUGUUCGUCCUGCAGACUCUUCAUAUUAUCUGGUUCUACCUCAUUGCGCGCAUUGCAAUUAAAGCCAUAUUCAAGGGAAAGGUGGCAAAGGAUGACCGUAGUGACAUCGAAAGCAGCUCAGACGAAGAGAUUCAUUCCAGCAGCAGUAAACACCAAAAUCAAACAAGUGGCCCCAACAGUAACAGUAACCUCAAUGGAGAGAAACAUAACCACUAA